AUGGAAAACAAAUCAAGAGUGCUUUUCGCGAUGUUCCUAGUUACGGCUUUAUCCAUCAGUGACUUUGUAAAGCCAGGUUUAGCUGAGGUGCAACAACCACAACAGUUUUCGGGACUUUUCCCAUCCGAUUUUCCGAUUGAUCUAUCAAAAUGUUGGUCGACCCUCAUUAACAUUCCAGGAUGUCUGCUUCAAAUAUCGACGUCGAUAUUUUCGGGACAGUUUGGGAGUAUCGGCAUCCCGUGUUGCAAAGAGUUUUUGGCUGUAAGCGAGAGUUGUUUGCCCCAGAUGUUCCCUCUAACGCCCUUCAUUGCUCCUCUUCUCAAAGAUAGUUGCUCUCGGACAGUCACUCCUCCGACAAAACAGUGA